AACAGAGAAAACCUUCAGACAAAAUGGCACAGGCGAAGGCAGUUGCCAAGUUUUGGAUCACAACCACCGACCUGCUCGACCACGUGCUGAAGCACGAAAAACGAAUACAACUAGCGGAACCGACCAAGGACGGGCGGAUCGUGCAUCGCUUGGUGUCGGAUCUGUUCUGUCGUUAUGUUCAGCUGUGCCGCAGCCUGGAGCGCUGCUACGACCAAACGCUGCAAGCCCAGAAGCGAGCCGUCAUACAGCAACUGCUGGAGGCUGGGCAGGCGCGCAUGCUCGAGCUCAGGACGAAGUUGCAGGAAAUCGAGCUGAGCGAGUUCGUGUACGUGGACGGGGCGCUGCAGGAGCAGCAUCUGAUACCGGACGAUGUGCUGGCGGUACGUCCCUGCUACUUUCCCGCACGGCGACCCGACGAACUGCAAGCGCUGCUCGAUGCGCAAAAGCUGCCCGCGUUCAUCGAGCCGGGAAGUGAUGCGGAGGACGGGAGCUCCUCGGACGAAAGCGAACAACCGGAGGAAGAGCAGGUUCCCGUUGGAAAAGGCAUUAACCGGCCCGUCGUAAAGCGAGACCGUCGUAAGGAGCGACUGCAGGCCGCAUUGAACCUGAUCACGGCGCACGAACGGGCACGCCAGGCCCGGGUACGGCAAACGAACUUUCGGCUCCAUCCCGACCGCUACUAUCCGAAACCGAUCGACGAGGAGAUUGUGGAUGUGCCGUACGAGUUUUUCUACCGCCCCGGCCAGUUCAUGCUGUACCCGCUGAAGCGCACCGUCUACAACUGGGACUUUCGGAUGAAGAAGAAAGAUGUGGUCCACUUUGCGUACUACGCACCACCGGGCUGGGAGGAACAAACAGUUCGGGUAGCGUCCGUACGGUGGCCCGAUGCGAAGGAGCUGGCGCUGAAGCAGCAGGCCGAGGAAGAGGCUGCGGCGGAGCUGGCCCAGGUCGAAGCGGCGAAGCGUCUCGAAGAGGCAUUGGAACGCAUCAGGCUGAACCGGGCCGCAGCAAAGAUACAACGCUAUUGGCGCAAAUUUAAUGCACUAAAGGCGCAGAAAAAGCAUCGCUUUGAUAGAUCCAAAUUUUUGGGACUGUUUGAUGACUAUGAACCGAAGCUGGGGGAUGCGCUUGCCGUUGCGGAGGUGCGAGCGGCGCGCCGAGCCCGACAGCCCGAGUUCGAUCGUAGCUUUGUGGCGGCAAUCGCAGACGAAAAGGCACGCAUAUUGCGCAUCCGAGGUCCGGCCCUGCUCGAAGACAUUACCGACUUUGUGCGGGCUUGGUUUCGCGAGUGGUACGACGAGACGCUGGCGUUCGAUCUGAUCCCGGAACCGUUCCAGGGCGGCACGGUGUUGAUUGUGCGCGGCGAAACGCUUACGCCGCUGGAGUAUCUGGCGCUGGAGCGGCAGAAGCAGCUGGAUAAGCUGAAGACGCCCGAGCAGAAGAAAAAGGAAGCCGAUGCAAUGAAGGCGGCAAAGGAGCGCGAGCAGGAGAAGAAGCAGGAGGAGAAGGCACGGCUGAAGGAACUGGCGCGGGAGAAACGGGCCAGGGAAAGGAAGGAGGGCAAGACGUAUGAUUUUACUGAGCCGGAGUUUAUGACCAAUGCGUACCUAACGCUGGAGGAAACACUCGCACGAUACCGCAAAGAUUGGGCCUUUGUCAACGAGCUAGACAACCUGCAGGAUCUUCCCAUCAUGGAGUGGAUCACGUUGGACAAGUUUGCCGAGGUCCAUCAAGAACUGCACGCCGAAGUACACGAGCUGCUCAAAUCCGAACGGGAGCUCCUGCAGAUGGCGCUGUGCAAGGACGAGCGGAUGAAGUACAAACCACCGAAGCCGAAAAAGCCUCCCCGUGCGAAAGGUGCCAAGGGGAAGAAACGCAAAGAGCCGAUCGAUCCGACAGCUGAUCUGUCCGUUGAAUCCAUCCUUAAUGAGUUGGUCGAGCGAAACGUACUAAAAACGUGUCGCAAGCGAACGUUUGAAGAUUACAUCGGUGACUUCAAUUACGCCGCCUUCGAGAGGCGCAAUCGGCUGGAGCAGGAUCCACCGCCGGGCAUGGGAGAGGUGAGAACGAUACUUCAAUCCUACCUCUACGGGAUGGGACCACUCGCUGCACCGAAACCGAAGUCCCUCUGUCUGGUAGGACCACCGGGGUACGGGAAAACGUUACUCCUCGAAGCGAUCUGCAACGAAACGGGCUCCACCCUGUUCGACCUGAGCGUUGACACGUGUGGACCGGUCGAACCGAACAACAUGGCGUACUUUUUGCAGCUCGUACUACGCGCCGCCCGCCUGCUGCAACCGUCGGUGCUGGCGAUCGAGGGUGUUCAUCGUGCGUUCUACAAAAAAGUGCCCCAGCCGGAGCAACCGCUCGAUCCCGCCAAGCUCGGCAAGCAUCUAUUCAAGCUGAUCGUUAAGCAGCUCAAACCGGAAGAUAAGGUACUGCUCGUCGGCACCUGCGAUCAGCCGUGGGUGGCGAAGGUAGGACCGCUGAAGAAAUGUUUCGACAAGAUCCUGCUGCUACCCCGACCGGACUAUGGCUCCACCGUGCUGCUGUGGCAGUAUGCGCUGCGUCGCUUUCCAACCGUACCGCGCGAUUUGGACCUUUCCGCCCUGGCCAAGGUCACUACCGGCUACUCGGCAGGGCAGAUAUUGGAGUGCGCGCGGCAGGUGCUUAACAUCCGACGGCGCAUGCAGUUCGGCCGCAAGCCCUUGCAGGUGGACGAGCUGUUGGACCACUUUCUUGCUGGGACCACUCCGCAGUACCCGAUCGCCGACAAGGAGUAUGAGAAGUUUGUCAAAUGGCACCGCAAGGUGGACAAGCUAGCGAAACAGCGGGCAAAGGUGAUGCGCGAGCGGCAACUGCUCGCCGAACAGAUGGCUGCGAAGGCCGCCGGAGCAAAGAAAUGAGGAACACGCUUUAAUAAUUUUCGUAAAAAAAAAACCGUUCACCCGUCCGUCGUGUGAUUGUUUAUUACUAAAUGCAGAGACAAAAAUUAUCCAAUAAACACAGAGAACGCAAUAGUGGAGAGCA